UCUCGCCUCAUUGUCAGUCAGUCGCGCGCCGAUUGUCACUGAGACAGGUGGUCGCGUUCGCGGUUUGCGCUCAGGUAUCACGAAUCAACCGCGUGUGAUUAAUCGCGCGUUUUCACUUCCGAAUCUGCACGUCCUCCCGAAGAUUCACGCACACUUCAUUCAUUUAUAGAGUAUGGAAUUGCCGACGGUGGACGCGUCACAGCCGAAGGCUGUUAGAAUGGCAGGAUCUUCAGACGACAAAACCGAACAGGAUGUCGGCAACGGAGUCCUCUUCGGCUUGAGCGUUCUGGACCUCGUCUUGUUGUUCGUUGUUCUUGCAGCAACGAUAUGGUACAUAUGGAGGAAAACUAGACGAGAGGAGGCUGCGCCGGCAACGAAAUCUUACUCCAUCCAACCAACGUCGUUUGCCAUGACAGCGCCAUCGGAGAAUUCAUUCAUCAAGAAACUGAAUGCAUCCGGACGGAGUCUGGUGGUAUUUUACGGCAGCCAGACAGGCACUGCAGAGGAAUUCGCAGGCCGUUUAGCUAAAGAGGGUAUUAGAUACAAAAUGAAGGGCAUGGUCGCCGAUCCCGAGGAAUGCGAUAUGGAGGAGCUGAAAAAUCUGAAAACUAUCCCAAAUAGUUUAGCAGUAUUUUGUUUGGCUACAUACGGAGAGGGCGAUCCUACUGACAACGCUAUGGAAUUUGUUGAUUGGCUCAAGAACGGUGACGUCGAGCUUGCAGGAUUGAAUUAUGCGGUAUUCGGACUUGGUAAUAAGACUUAUGAGCACUACAACGAGGUUGCCAUACACGUGGAUCAUAGAUUGGAACAACUGGGUGCUAUGCGUGUUUUUGAAUUGGGUCUUGGAGAUGAUGAUGCCAACAUUGAGGACGAUUUUAUUACAUGGAAGGACAAGUUUUGGCCAGCCGUCUGCGACUUCUUUGGCAUCGAAGGUGCUGGCGAGGAUGUUAGUAUUCGACAGUACAAACUCACGGAGCACGUGGAUCUACCUGCCGAUCAUAUUUACACCGGAGAGAUUGCUCGUCUUCAUUCCUUCCAAAACCAGAGAACACCCUAUGACGCGAAGAAUCCGUUCCUGGCACCGGUCAAGGUGAAUCGCGAGCUACACGGUCCGACAUCCGAGAGAUCUUGCAUGCAUAUUGAAUUCGAUAUCGAAGACUCCAAGAUACGUUAUGAGGCGGGUGAUCAUUUGGCCGUCUAUCCGGUGAACAAUUCGGAAUUGGUGAAUAAAAUCGGUGAACAAUGCGGCGCGAAUUUGGAUACCGUAUUCACUCUUACAAAUACAGAUGAGGAGUCCACGAAGAAGCAUCCGUUUCCUUGCCCUUGCAGUUAUAGAACCGCCUUGACCCAUUAUUUGGACAUUACGAGCAACCCGCGAACCCAUAUUCUCAAAGAAUUGGCCGAAUACGCGACCGAUCCCGCGGACAAGGAGAAGUUGAAACUGAUGGCAUCAACUACUGUGGAAGGCAAGGCGGCCUAUCAGCAAUGGAUAGUUCAAGAAAAUCGCAAUAUUGUUCACAUUUUGGAAGAUAUUCCUAGCUUGAAACCACCAUUGGAUCACUUAUGCGAAAUUUUACCGCGAUUACAGUGUCGAUACUACUCCAUAUCCUCGUCUCCGAAGCUUCAUCCGACUUCUGUUCAUGUUACUGCGGUAGUAGUGGAGUAUACAACCCCAACUGGCAGAAUCAACAAGGGUGUGACAACCACUUGGUUAAAGGAGAAACAUCCCUCCGAUCCGCCCUGUGUCGUUCCAAUCUUCGUAAGAAAGUCUCAAUUCCGUUUACCGACACGCCCAAGUAUCCCUAUCGUCAUGGUUGGUCCGGGAACUGGUUUAGCACCCUUCAGAGGUUUCAUACAAGAACGUGAUCUUGCCAGAAGAGAAGGUAAAGAGGUGGGUGACACAAUACUGUAUUUUGGAUGCAGAAAAAGCCAAGAGGAUUAUCUUUAUCGUGAGGAAUUGGAGCAGUACGUAAAGGACGGCACCUUGACGUUGCACACAGCGUUUAGUCGCGAACAAGAGCACAAAGUCUAUGUCACUCAUUUGCUCGAGAAGAACAAGGAAGAACUUUGGCGUGUUAUUGGUGAACAGAACGGACAUAUUUACGUUUGCGGGGAUGCUAGAAAUAUGGCUCGUGAUGUACACAAUAUACUACUCAAGGUUGUGAUGGAACGGGGCAACAUGUCAGAGCUCGAUGCUGCAAAUUAUAUCAAGAAGAUGGAUUCGCAGAAACGAUACUCGAGCGAUGUCUGGAGUUGAGCCAUAUUAAUAAUAAUAUUAAUAGAGAAGUAUAGAGAAGCAUUUUUCAUGUACGAGAAGUAUAUGUACUUUAAAGUACUAGAGUUUAAUCCGUCAAAGUAUCGGGAUGGUCGUUAAGUGAUAUGUCAAAUAGCUUGAUAUUCGUUUUUUUUGUUUGUUUAAUAAUGACCUUUAUCUCGCGAUUUUCUUACUCCAUCUCGAAUAGAAUAAUUAUAAUUGAAUUACAUUUUAAAGUUCUAACCAGAGUCGGCACAAAGUCUUCCUUAUUUAUAUAGAAUGUGAUGUAAAAAUGAGUAAAAAUAUUUUCUAUAUUAUUUAAUUCAA